CUGGACUCUGUUUCGGGCAACAUGGCGGGAGUCAUACAAAUUCUUGUCCUGCUUUCCAUGGUGAAAUUGUGUGAUCCUUGCAACCGAAAAGACCACUAAACUCAUUCACUUUUUGACGGGAGAAGCAAGUUAUGCAAGUGAAAAAAUAUGAACAUAUUUCAGCUGGAGAUGGCUCUUGUGAUUUCGAUCUGGUGACUGGGCCCUACGGUGUUUCUGACGGUGCGUUAUCAGCGUCCUCUUACCAUUUCCAUUGUCCAAUUCAAGACUUAAGAAUAAACAGUUCCAACAGCUGGUGCCCCUCGACUAGCGGCGACGGACACUAUGUCCAGGUGGAGUUUCAGACUGUCUCGACGCUGAAGGCAAUACAGACUCGUGGACGCCAUUAUAAUGAAUGGGUGGCUUCGUACAGUGUGAAUAUCAGUAUGGACGGGCUCACAUGGAGUUAUAUAUUGAACUCUGCGGGCGAUGUGAAGGUAUUUCCUGGAAAUGUCGACGACGUUUCAAUCGUGACCAACAACCUAGAGGGAAACAUCGUCGCUAAGUACAUCCGGGUCAUAAGUGUCUCCGGAAAUGGAGCCUACCAUAGAUCAAUGAGCCUAGAGGUACAGGGAUGCCCGGUGGUGUCACCUCUAACAUGUUCAUGUACUGGUAAUACAUGGAAAGCUACACUUGGAUCGACAGGAGACGUUUUCCCAGUUCUUGUGGACACCGACGCAUCAAACCAAGGAUUUUGUGGGCUGAAGUGUUCCAGACAGCCGGACUGUGACAGCUUCCUGUUUGAUACCGGGCCCGACCGCUGUAGAUUACUUAACUCGACUUCCGGUGUAUCGAAUCAAACCAUGAACCUGGACGGAGUCUGGUACUUCGUGAGACCGUGAAUGGCAUAUCUUUAUAAGCAACAUUUUGCUCGAAAAGCUCAGAAAUCUUAUGUUUGGAAAUUAUUUCACAGAAAAAUCAGGAAACGGAUUUAAUCAGUUUUUCGUAACAAUUGGACUGUUUUAAAAGCAUGCAUUAAAGUGUUUUCAAUAGCAA